UUUCCUUACCCAGAAACUUCUAGAAACAACAUAACUUCUCUCUCUCUUUCUCUCUCUCUAUGCGGAGCUUCUGGCGCUGCAGUGGCGGAGGUUCAUUUUCAGGCACGGCGGUGUUUUUACUCCUCUGAUUCUGAUUCCACAAUCUUCUCGGGUGUGUUUUUUUGUUUCUUCGGAUUCUAAUCCGGAGGGAGGUUUAAUUGAUCAGAUUGAGGCCAGAGUUGUCCUGAAUCGGAGAUCCUUACGGUUUAGAUCUGGGAGAAGAGGAGAUGGCUCCGUCGACGGCGGAACCGAUCGUCGACUCUGGAUCAGGAGAUUCUCAGAGAUCUAUUCCGACGCCGUUUCUUACGAAAACUUAUCAGUUGGUUGAUGAUUCGGCUGUCGACGACUUCAUCUCGUGGAACGAUGACGGAUCUACCUUCAUAGUUUGGCGACCUGCCGAAUUCGCUCGAGAUUUACUUCCCAAAUACUUUAAACACAAUAAUUUUUCUAGUUUCGUUCGUCAGCUUAACACUUACGGAUUUCGAAAGGUUGUGCCGGACCGAUGGGAAUUUGCGAAUGAUUGUUUCCGGAGAGGUGAGAAAGGACUUCUCCGAGACAUUCAGCGGCGGAAAGUGGCGUUGUCUUCAGCGACGACGACGACGACGACGGCCGUAUCUGGGCCGGUGUUAGUUGCGGCGUCUCCAUCAGUGGUGGCUCAUGUGAUAUCGCCGUCGAACUCUGGGGAAGAGCAGGUGACAUCCUCGAACUCAUCGCCGAUGGCAUUUCAGCGAGGUACGAGCUGCACCACCUCGCCGGAACUUAUGGGGGAGAACGAGCGGUUGAGAAAGGAGAACAUGCAACUGAGUCACGAGUUGACUCAGUUGAAAGGGCUCUGUAACAACAUACUAUCGAUGAUGACGAAUUACGCUUCGGGCCACCACCACCAGUUGGAGUCGGUGAGCGUCCGCGACAUGAAGGCGCUGGAGCUCUUGCCAGCGAGACAGGCGAUGAAAGACGACGGCCCCGUCAGCGACGGGGUUCAGGAGGUGAGACUGAAGGUUGAGGAGACAACGACGGCAUCGCCGGCGAAGCGAACGGCGCCGAAACUGUUCGGAGUUUCAAUCGGAGUGAAGCGCAGGAGAGAGGAGGAAGAAGAAGAGGAAGAGGAAGAGGAAGAGGAAGAGGAAGAGGAAGAGGAAGAAGAGAUGGUGGGACAGAAUCACGUACUGUCGGAAGAAGGUGAGACCUUGUGGGAGAUCAAUGCUGAGCCGUUGGAUGAGAACUCUGAAAACCCAGAUGGAUCUGCGUUGCCAUGGCUUGAACUCGGAACUCAAUGCUCCUGACAUUAAACCGCGUCGUCGUCGGAGGUCACGAAUGAGAAGAAGAUUUAGAGAUUUCAGAGACAAGAGGAGACCACAACCGGGUCCCGACCGGACGAUGAAUAUCACGUGCCGGACACGCGAGCUGGAAAAUAUACAAAUUUAAAAUAUUUAUUUGUUUUAUUUUGUAAUUUUCUUUCUUGAGCUUUUGGGGAUGGGCUUAGGUUGGGUGGUUGGUCGGUUGGUCCUUGUAGAAGACGAAACCGUGGAAAAUGAACCGGGCUGGGUCGGUUGGUGAACGAGUAAAAUGACGGAAAACCCCUGGAAGAAUGACAAUCGGUAUUUUGUAAUUGUUACUUCCUAGUCUCUUCAAUUUUAAUUUCAAUCUUUUAAGUUAUUUA